AUGUCUACACACGGUGACCAUAGAACAGGAGAAGAAUUCAUCUGCACUGCUGAUGCAGCUGAUCGCAUUGCGAGGGAAUUUCGAAGAGUUCAUUUUCACUGUCGUGUGAAGAGCACGGAUGCGAAAACAUUGAUCUCGGAACGCUUGGUCAUCUUCGUAGUUUCGACCACUGGCUGGGGAGCUGAACCCAGAGCUAUGAGUUGGUUAUUGAACAUGUUACUCAGGUCUGAUCUCCCAAACGAUCUAUUCGAGGACACGGAUUUCUGCGUUUUCGGCCUUGGGGGCACCGCCUAUGAGAAAUUAUGUUGGCCAGCGAAGAAGCCGUCGAGAAGGAUGCAGAGCUUAGGAGGUCAUGCAAUUUGUUCACGAGGAGAAGGAGACGAACAGCAUUGCAUGGGGGUGGAUGGUGCAUUGGACCCAUGGAUCGAAUGUCUCCUAGAAGUUCCCACACAGUUCUAUCCACUGCCGCACGAGCAAGAUAAUAUUCCUGCUGAUCCUCUAGAUGAGGACACGAAGUUUCAUACAGCUUCGGUAAAAUGUAACAGACGGAUCACUGCGGAAGAUUGGUUUCAGGACGUACGCCAUUUUAAGUUCUCCUUCGAAGACAAUAUAAAAUAUAAUCCUGGAGAUGUUGCUGUGAUCCAUCCGUCCGCAGCUCCAUCAGAAGUCGGCUCUUUCCUUGUCGCCAUGGGCUGGGCAAAUGACGAUUUUUUCAGUGGAACAUACAAUGUUAGGUACGACGAAACAGAACCCAGUAAACCCCAUCUAAUAUCUUACAGAUCAAACGUUGCCAGACCGUCUACCGAAAUUGUUUCCCUUCGAAUUCUAUUCACGCGCUAUCUUGAUUUUAAUGCUGUGCCCCACCACUCUUUUUUCCAACUGUUGCGAUAUUUUGCUACCGAUGAGCUUGAACGCGAAGAACUUGAUGAAUUUGUAUCGAUAGAAGGAGCGGACGAAAUGUAUGAUUAUUGUCAACGCGUGAAAUGCACAACCUGGGAAGUAUUGUCCGAGUUCCGGUCCACAAGGAUACCGAGAGAGUAUGUCUUUGACUUGUUUCCUCCGCUGAGACCAAGAGAGUUCUCAAUUGCUAGUUCCAUCGAGCUCCAUCCCUGUGAAAUACAUCUCUGUGUUGCUAUAGUGCGCUAUUGCACGAAGUUGAAAAUUCAUCGGAAAGGCGUCUGUACUCGUUAUCCAUCAGGGCUUAAAUUAGGAGAUACCCUUCGUAUCGGUCUCAGAAAGGGCUUCAUCUCACCUCCUACGGAUCCAAACACACCAGUGGUGUGUGUAGGUCCAGGGGCAGGCAUCGCACCUAUGCGUGCCGUCAUUGAACAACGCAUACACGAGGGACACAAUAAAGAACGAAAACUCCGCUACCGCGUUGCGUGUUCUCGUGAUGGACCAGAGGGUAUCAAAUGGACGUAUAUGCAAGAUCCGAUGAAAGAGGAUGCACAAUAUAUCUGGACAAUGCUGGGGCAGCAACGAGGCAUCCUUAUCAUCUCAGGUUCUUCGAACAAAAUGCCUACUGCUGUGGAGAGGCUCGGAGGAAGGUUGAAUGCCGAGGCUGUGGAGUAUGUUGCUGCGAUGGAGAGGGAUGGAAGGUUGAUUGAGGAAUGUUGGGAACAUUCGAAAUCAGUGAGCAUCAAAUCGUGA